AGCAAAAGAAAGUCCUUCUUGAUGUUUGCCUCAGCUUUUACACUAGAACAGAAACUACACUGAAAUUCUUCCCUGCAAUACUGCAAAUGAUGAAAGAGUGGAGAAGGGUCUGAGCUACAAGGAUGAAGAGGCUCCUUCUCCUGGUGCUGCUCUCAGUCUGCUGGGCUGAUCACCUUCCAGACAGCUACACUCCGGAUCAAGACAGAAUCAUUCACAUCCAAGCGGAAAAUGGCCCCCGUCUUCUUGUGGAAGCAGAACAAGCCAAAGUCUUCUCACACAGAGGUGGCAAUGUGACACUACCGUGUACAUUUUACCGAGACCCUACAGCAUUUGGCUCAGGAAUCCACAAAAUCCGCAUCAAGUGGACCAAGCUGACUUCGGAUUACCUCAGGGAGGUCGAUGUCUUCGUUUCCAUGGGCUAUCACAAGAAGACCUACGGUGCAUAUCAGGGUCGAGUGUUUCUGAAGGGAGGUAGUGACAAUGACGCCUCCCUGGUCAUCACAGACCUCACCCUGGAGGAUUACGGGAGAUACAAGUGUGAGGUGAUUGAAGGACUGGAAGACGACACUGCUGUGGUAGCAUUGGAGCUGCAAGGUGUAGUGUUCCCUUACUUUCCACGGCUGGGACGCUACAAUCUUAACUUUCAUGAGGCCCGGCAGGCUUGCCUGGACCAGGAUGCUGUGAUUGCAUCCUUCGACCAGCUGUAUGAUGCCUGGCGAGGUGGGCUGGACUGGUGCAAUGCUGGCUGGCUCAGUGACGGAUCUGUGCAGUACCCUAUCACCAAACCACGCGAGCCCUGUGGGGGCCAAAACACAGUGCCUGGUGUCAGGAACUAUGGCUUCUGGGACAAAGAUAAAAGCAGAUAUGAUGUUUUCUGCUUUACAUCCAACUUCAAUGGCCGAUUUUACUACCUGAUCCACCCCACCAAGCUCACCUACGAUGAGGCGGUGCAAGCUUGUCUCAACGAUGGUGCUCAGAUUGCCAAAGUGGGCCAGAUAUUUGCUGCCUGGAAGCUUCUGGGCUAUGACCGUUGUGAUGCCGGCUGGCUGGCGGAUGGCAGUGUCCGCUACCCUAUUUCUCGGCCAAGAAGGCGCUGCAGUCCUACCGAGGCGGCAGUGCGUUUUGUGGGGUUCCCGGAUAAAAAGCAUAAGCUGUACGGGGUCUAUUGCUUCAGAGCAUACAACUGAGUGUGGCCUAGGAAGAGGCAAUUCUCAAGUCAGAGGGAACACGUGAAAGGUUUUCUGUUUUUGUUUUUGUUUUUAAUAUGAACUCAUGCAAGUUACCAAAACUGUGAUAACCCUUUUUCACUUACUGUAAAGAGUUGUUUUCAUGAAGGCCAAUUCAUUCAUUUGUUUUGUAAAGCUAUCAGUCAGUGUAUAUUAUAAAUUAAUAUAACUAUAAGGGAAGCUAAAAAAAAAAAACAGGCUCCAGAGCCUGUUUUAUGCUACAUCAUCCCAACAAAAUGCCAUUUCAUGAAUGGGGCAUGCAAUAGUCUGAUAACCAGAAUUGUGUUAGGGAAAAGAAGCAGCAACUUCCACAAGCACAAACUUUACAUAUUUCUACAACUUUGAAAUGCGCUCUUCCACUAAACAAAUUAGAACAGCAAAUCUGAAAUACAUAAACUGGGAUUCUCGGAGGUGCAAAAACUCAGUUUCACAAAAGAAUAAUGAACACUUUUCUAAAAAUUAAUACUUCAAGUCUCCAGGAUCUAAAAAAGUUUACUAUUUAAAAUUCUACCUUUUUGACUAAAAAGAAAACCAUAUAGACUCAAAUGCAUAAUAAUAAAACCACAGUUAGAACCCCUAGAUCAGCCCAUUUAUAUGAAGUAUAGAAUUAUAUACACAGAUAAUAUUUUACCAAUGAGAGAUUGCUACCUUCUAAUUAAAAUUACCUAUCAAAAAGAAUUGUUUUAUCAUUUUUGAGUAGCUUCACUGAGUUAUAUUUAAAUUCUAAGGGAUCUUUGCUAAGCAGUAUUUAGAAUUUACUCAGGGCAGUUGAAAAGAUAAACUGCUGGACAGAAAAACAUAUAAAAUGUAGCAGCUUGAUUUUAUGUUAGCUUAUGAAACAUUGUCUUAUAAAAUAAUUUUAACGUAUUUAAUAUUUCUUUCUUAUUUACAUUAUAUGACGAAAACCAUCCAAAUGAAUCAAUAACUCUAUGCUUGCUUAACUAAGAAAUCAAGACUCAACAUCCAAAAUUGUUGUCCCUGCUUGCAUACACAACAGAGACCCCAAAUAGGAGCUGUGUUUAGGAGGGAAAAGUAAGAUCAUGCAGUUCUAAAGAGUCUCUCAAAUAGAAAAUAGAGUCGCUGCCAGUUUCCUUUCUGGUUUCAUUUGGCAGAAAAAAAAAUACUGUAACUCACAUCAAAGACUUUACAACUUCAAGCUUUAAGUGAAAAGUUGAGUUCAGGCUCAGAAAAAAAAAAUGACUUUCAGUAUUAGCAAGCCCAAUCUUAAAUAAAGUUCUCUUUUUAUGACUGCUGAGACCCCCACAGGGACCAAUAUUUGUAUUCAAGUAAUUUUCUGAUUUCCCAUUGUUUCACAGAGAAUUCUGGUGAGUGGGUCUUAGUAUAAUAAUCCACUACAACAUAGCUGAUGUACUGUCCUCAAUGUUUUUUUUUUAAUGUAGAUUCUCCCCAAUGAACAUGACUAAAUAAAUCUGUUUCCUGAAUUGA